CUUCUUCCACAACGAAGCGAAAGAAGAGUCUCUCUCUCUUACGAGUUUAAAUUCCCUUCUUAGUAGAUAGUAGUUCUUGAGCUCCUUUGAAAUGUGCGGCGGUGCGAUUAUAGCUGACUUAAUCCCUCGUGGUCGAGGUCGAUCCACCUCUACUGCUUCUGAUCUCUUUUCCGAUUUCCAGUUUUCUAAGUUCGAUGGCUUCAACUCCGAUUUCAAUGGCUUCAGCAAUCAACAACAACAACAACAAUCAUCGAAGAAACGGGCUUCUCCUUCCUCAGGUAGUGAGACAGGGGCUGAGAAGGACGGCAAGAGGAAGAGGAAGAAUCAGUACAGGGGGAUUCGACAGCGACCAUGGGGUAAAUGGGCUGCUGAAAUUCGAGACCCCAGAAAAGGUGUUAGGGUUUGGUUGGGUACUUUCAAUACGGCCGAAGAGGCUGCAAGGGCUUAUGAUAGAGAGGCGAGGAAGAUAAGGGGUAAGAAAGCCAAGGUUAAUUUCCCCAAUGAAGGAGAAGAAUUUUUCCAGACUACUCAAAAGCCUGCGCGUAGAAAUUCCGAACCUUUUUACCAAUUCUCCAAUAUUGAUUUCUCCAAUGCUUCGAAUGUUGGGUUCGCGGGCGAUUUGAAUCAGAUGGGAGCAUUUUCGCUUCCUGCCAAUAAGUCUUGUGGUUCCCCUGCUUUCAAUCCGAACCCAGUUGGUCCUGUCGUUGUUACGCCUGCGACUCCUAUGCCGAUGGCGAUGCCAGGGCUAAUGUCGAUAUCCGAGGAAGAGAAUCCUGUGUCUGGAUCAGAGGUUGGGGAUUCUACAACUUGCUUUGAGAAAGUUAACGUGAAAGAAGAAGAAGAGAAAGGAGAAGCAAAGGCGGAAGAGAAUGAUGUGCAGAAGCUGUCGGAUGAUCUGUUGGCGUUCGAGUCGUAUAUGAAGCUCUACCAAAUUCCAUAUCUGGACGGGGGAGACGAACAGUCCAUGGCGGCUAACGCGAAUCCCGUUCAUGAAAACGUUGUUGGAGGCUCUACCCUGGACCUCUGGAGCUUCGACGAUGUUCUUACUGCCCCCGUUGCUCUGUAAUCUUCUAUCAAAGUGGAAAAUGCCUCUCCCCCUCCUCUCUCUUGGGUUUUCUGUGAUUUUUUUUUUUUUUAAUUAUUAUUUUAAUUUUAAUUUUAAU